AUGAGUCCGAAGAAGUGUGAAAUUCCAGGCUCCACUCGAGAAAAGAUAAUAAGUCUCCGUGAAUUAGGAAAAAGUUAUCGGGAUAUUGGAAAAAAGUUAAAAUUGAGCUUUUCAACAGUUCGUUCCAUUAUUAAAAAAGUGGAAGAAACAGGAUCCACGAAAAAUAAACCCCGAUCUGGUGGCCCAGUCAAAGUAAAUGACAGGGAAAGGAGGCAUGUUGUUAAAAUGGCCCUAAGAAAUCCAACUCAAAGUGCUCGAAAUUUAGCCAACGACUUUGCGUCAACUUCUGGCAAGUCAGUGACGCCACAAACUAUUAGAAAUGUUCUCCAUAUGAGUGGUCUUCGGGGUAGGAGGCCAAGGAAGAAACCUUUUAUUAGCGAGGUUANGCCUUUCGGUAUUAGUUUAGCAGCAAAGUUGGUGCCUAAAGACCUCAAUUUCAUUCAAAAAAGAGACCGUAUUGACGUCUCAAAACACAUGAUAUGCGAGACUGAAUCCGAUCCCACAUUCAUCAAAAGGAUCAUUACUGGAGACGAGACGUGGGUUUAUGAGUACGACACGCAAUCCAGAUAUCAGGCAAGUGAAUGGCGCUCAUCAAAUGGUAAUGGCGUUCAUCAAUGUAAAAAUCACAGGAAGCACUGA